AUGUAUGAAGAUGCAAUUUGGUUUAAGAAACAUACCAAGAAAAUCUUACCCUACCAAUCAUCUUCUACCUCACGCCCGGUGGAAAAUUCUCUCCUGGGAAACUUACGCGCAAAAAUAAAAAAAUGUAAACAAUCCUUUGACCACACUCUUCUCCUAUUCCUCUUCAAUGUGCCACCUUACAUGCCAAAAACAAAAGAAGUAAAGCAAGAAGUUGAUGAAACUGCCAUUCAAAAUGCUAUCCAAGAUUUUAAAAGUGGGAAAUUUAAAACAAUUGCCGAAACAGCUCGGUUUUAUGGUCUUGUUCCUAACACAUUGAGGUUUCGUUAUAAUGGAGGAUUACCAAGGAAAUUAGCCCAUACAAAAGAGCAACUCCUUUCUCCUGAGCAAGAAGAUGAAAUAGUUAACUGGAUUGUUGAUUCAGAUGCAGAUGGACAUGGACGGAGUCGUAGUGACAUAAUCGCAUUUGCUGAGCUUAUGUUAGGUACUAGUGAAUCUUCCCCUAAAAUCCAUGAGUCUUGGUACGAUCGCUUCAAAUCAAGACACGACGAGAUCCAUACAGUUGAAGGAAGGAGUAUAUCAAGUUUGAGAGCAAAAGCAGUUACGUAUGAGGAGAUACUAAAAUAUUAUCGUGAUUACGACCUGAUUGUUAGACAACAUAAAAUUUCUCAUGAGAACAUAUUUAAUUACGAUGAAUCUAGGUUCAUUAUGGGUAAGGGUAAAAGUUCAAGAGUAGCUGUACCCAGCUACAAGAAUAGAACCUAUGUACAAUCCACAGAGGGGAGGGAUAGCUGUACUGUUAUUGAGGCAAUUAGUAUGUCUGGAGAAGCUUUAGUUCCUGCUGUAAUUUUUAAAGGAGGUUCCCUCAGAACUGGCUGGUUUAAGGAUGAUGCUCCAGACUGGUAUUACACAGCAUCUAAAAGGGGAUUUACCACGAAUUGGUUAUCUUUGUGUUGAUUGAAGGAUAUUUUUGUUCCCCAAGUAAAAGAAAAAACAAGUCAAGGAAAAGUCAUGCUUAUAAUGGAUGGGCAUGGAAGCCACAAAACUGAUGAGUUCAGGGAAACAUGUGAGAAGAAUAACAUUAUUCCUAUGUACUUGCCUCCUCAUUCCACGCAUUUGUUGCAGCCAUUGGACCUUGGUAUAUUUGGCCCAGUAAAAUCUCGGUAUAAAACAAAAUUGUCAAAAUUGGCCGGCAUUCUAGAGGACACUCCAGUUCGGCAAAGGCUAUUUAUAAUGAGGUACCAUGAAGCAAGACAAGAAAAGCUAACAAAGGAGAGAAUCAUCAAAUCUUGGGAAACGGCAGGAUUAAAUCCCUUCGACCCUGAUAAAGUUUUGAAAUCAUCUCAACUCAUAGUUAAACGAAUCAAUGACGAAAUAGAUCAAGCUGAAAAGGAUAGAGAGCGUCGUGCUAAAGAACGUCUUAGGGAAAGCGAACCUUCCUUAGAGAAAUUGACUAAAAGCCAAAUGAUUGAAAAAUAUACAAAAGAUGUUAAAAUGCUUAAAUCCAGAAUUUGUUUCCUAGAAGCAAUGAACGCACGGUUACAAUUUGAUCUUAAUAUUGCUACAGCAGCUGCUCAGAACAAGAAACCAGAAGGAGUGAGCUCCGCUAUACCAAUGGAUGAGAAUAAGGGUUUUAAGCAGGUAAUGGGUUACAUCAAAGAAAUCCGCAAAGACCCGAAAAAGAAAAGGAGAAGAAAGGCACUAGGGGAUAUUACGAAUACUAGUAAGGGUUCCAAUAGUUAUACCAACUUUAGUGGCAGUUAA